CGGGGUCGAGGGAGGAGCAAAGUGACGUCACGACAAUAACAUUGCGCAGUUCCGUGCUCGUGCUUUGUACCUCGCUCGGCUGUUUUAUCUAUAAAUAUCACAUCAUUGUCCAACAUGACAUUACAGACAUUAUCACAUCUGAUGGGUCAGUGGAUCGAUGUGAAAGGAGUCUUGAUAUUUCUGUGCGUUCUGCUGUUGGUGAAACAUCUGUGGGAUGUUCAUUCAAAGAACUUGCCGCCUGGUCCCUUCCCACUGCCCUUCAUUGGAAACUUGUUGAAUAUUGGUUUUAAAGAUCCAUUAAGCUCCUUUCAAAAGAUUGCUAAGCGCUAUGGAGAUGUAAGCACGAUUUUCUUUGGAAGCCAACCCUAUAUACUGCUCACUGGAUACAAGAGCUUUAAAGAAGCGUUUGUGGACCAGGCGGACAUCUUCACGGACCGGCCGUACUUCCCUAUAAGUGAAAAACUCAUUAAUGGAAAAGGUUUGAUAAUGUCUAAUGGGCACCUGUGGCGUCAGCAGAGGCGUUUUGCCGUGUCCACACUGAGGUACUUUGGUGUGGGGAAGAAAACUCUAGAAAAUGCCAUCCUGCAGGAGUGUCGCUUUCUCAUUGAUACCAUACAGAGUGAACGAGGUUUGCCCUUCAACCCUCACCAUGUUUUGGUCAUUGCAGUGUCUAACAUCAUAUCUGGCCUAGUGUUUGGUCACAGGUUUGAGUAUGGUGACCAUAAAUUCAGUUUGAUGCUGAAGUAUAUAAACGACAUCCUGCAGGUGCCAAUCUCAAACUGGGGUCGGUUAUAUGAUCAGUUUCCCACCGUGAUGUCUCUGCUACCUGGCAAACAUCAGACUGCAUUUUCCAGCAUGUCUAAACUCAAGGCCCUUGUUCAGGAGGAGAUCGAGAAACAUAAAGAGGAGAGAGAUCCAUUCAACCCCAGAGAUUACAUUGACUGUUAUCUGGAUGAGAUUGAAAAAUGUACUGACAGUGAGGCAGAAUUCACAGAGGAAAACCUCACGUACUGUGCGGUGGAUUUAUUCGCAGCAGGAACCGAAACGACCUCCAACACUCUCAUCUGGGGUUUACUCUUCAUGGUUAAAUAUCCAGAUGUGCAAGAGAAAGUCCAGUGUGAGAUUGAUCAGGUGAUCGGGCAGACGCGGCAGCCGUUGAUGGACGACAGGACGCACCUUCCAUACACUUACGCUGUCGUUCAUGAAAUCCAGAGGUUUGCAAACAUUCUUACCUUCACCCCUCCAAGAGUGGCCAACAAGGACAUCAAAGUGGCCGGACAUCUCAUUCCUAAGGGUGUGAUAGUGUUUCCCAUGCUAAAGCUGAUUCUACAGGACCUGAAUGAGUACAGCACUCCACAUGAAUUCAACCCCGCACACUUCCUGGAUGAAAACGGCAAAUUUUUAAAGAAAGAAAACUUUAUUCCUUUUUCAAUAGGUAAAAGGAUGUGUCCAGGUGAGCAGCUGGCCCGUAUGGAGCUCUUUCUCUUUUUCACCUCUCUGAUGCAGAAGUUUACUUUCCUGUCUGUUGAUGGACAACCACUGAGUCUGAAGGGAACGCUUAGUGUCUCUUCUGCUCCUUUACCCUACCGGAUACGAGCUGUUCCUCGAUAAUAUCAAGCUAUUAUCGAUCAAGAUUGCAGAAUUGAUAAAGAUCGGUCAUUGGCUCUGCAUCAACAUACUUCCAGUCCCUCUUACACAUCUACACACCCUCCAGAACCCUUUGGUCAACGAAUGAAGGAUGUCUUUGGUAAAGGGUAGAAACACGUUCUUUCGCUCAUUCACCUUCAUUUGCCGCCAUGUUUCUACAGUAGCCUAAAUUAGAGGUGGGCCCCUUGACUUUUAUCCAGCCCGUGUGGGAUUUUGAUCAAGAAUUACUCAUUUGAUGCAAUACCAUCAACGCUAAAAACACAACUGGAAAAUGAGCGCGCCAGAGUAGCAACAAAAUAGAAAUGUAAAUACUAAAUGUUGUGUGUUUAAAACAGAAUGGACAGCAAAAUACUUCCCCAACAUCAGACAGAAGCUGGUAUGUGUUAUAAUAUGUGAAAUAUUGCAAUUUCUAACGACUAAAAACUACUUACCUCUGGUUUUAACAUCAUGGUGAUGAAAUAAUUAUGAUUUGCCCUUAAGAAAAUGAUGCAUGCUUUAACUACAUUAAGCAUAGUUUUUUAUUUGUUUUUAUUUUUUUAUUUGUUGUAAUUUGCACUUGAUUUUUUAUUGGAUAUAGUACACCGGGGGUUUUCAGACUUUAUGAUAGCAGGGACUCCCAGAUAAUGAACCUUUAGCAAGGGACCCCUUUCCUUAAAUUCAUAUCCAUAUAUCUAUAUUUUGUAUAAAGAAAUGUUUAAACUGUGUUAGAUAAACAGUAAUUGUGAUAUUAUAAAGACAGCAAAUUGUUUACUUAAAUAACUGGCUAGUAGACUUUUCCAUUUUUGCUUUGUCUUUAUCCUAUUUACAUUUUUGGGGACCCCUUAGAAAAUUCUGGGGGUCCCUGGACCCCAAUUUGAAAACCCCUGUACUCUGUAAGAGAAACUAUCUGGGUACUUUAAGAAUACUCAUUCUAACACUAUUUGAGAAAUACUUGUUUUUAAUUUCAAAUAUUAUUUAGAUCAUAUAUGUGAAUUGAGAACGUGAAACAUUGUUUUGUCACUAAACUGCAAUAUAUAACAGAAAAUAGUGACUGCA